GAUUAAUGUUUUCAGUCAUUUCCGCUCCAUCAAAUCAACAGGAAAUAUCGUAGUGAUGUAAUGUCGAAGCACAUUUUGUUCUGUACAUCAUAUUUUCUUUCUCCUAAAGAUUAUGGCUAUUUCAACUUGUCAGAAAAUAACCUUCGUCUCCUGCAUCGUCCUCUGUAUGUCUUUAUUUCUACCCAAAAUGUUUUUACCCAGAGAGAAGAAAGACAAAGUGCGUGCGGAGGUCGGGCCAGGGCAUUACCCUCAAUUACAUGGUCAUUCAUUCUCUGAAGAUCAAGUUAACUGGUACACAGAGUCUCAUUACAACCCAGAGGCCAUUGCCAGAACCAAGGGUGUUGGCAAGCCAAAUCUUCUGGUUCAGGUCAUUCCUGUGUAUGGGUUUGGGAUCUUCCUUUAUAUCAUCUACCUGUUUUUUAAGCUGACGUCUAAGGACAAACCCCAGCACAAAGGGUGCAAAUUUCCCAUAUUGCAGGCAGAACACACAUUGGAAGAAAUGUCUACUUGUCAGCCGCAGACCAAAAUGAGUGAAAGAAUGAAAGAAAAGAAAAUAUUUAAAGUUGUUCAUCCAUCUGCCAGGUCACGCAGGGGCACACGGAGACGGGAGGAGAAGCUGAAGCAGUUGAAGGAGAUCACUCAAAUGAUGCGGGAGAGACAGCUUCGAGAGGGAGUCACGCCAGAAGAGGAGGCUGAGGAAGCCCCCUACACCGCAGACUGGGAGGGCUAUCCAGAGGAAACCUUUCCGGAGUAUGAUGUGGCCUUUCGCAGAUGUAGGUAUCCAAGUGUUAUACUGGAAGAACCGGGCCAAGUUAUACCCACAGCUGAGGAGCUUGCAGAGAGAAUGGAGAAAGAAGAGGAAGAAGAAGAAGAACCUGCUGACAAUGAAUGUAGUAAUGAGAAUCAAGUGAAGGAGGAGAUUAAAGGUGAAGAUGAAGAAAAAGAAGAGUACGAGGAUGAAGAUAGUGAAGAAGACAGUGAUGAGGAAGAUGGGGAGGACGACCUUGGAGAGGAACAGCCAUGUCUUCCUAAAAGCAUUGAUGAGGAUGACGAGAGACAUCCGGGUGAAGGAGAAGAGAGACAAAAACCAAGCGGAAGACGACAAAUCACUUUUAGUGAUCACAGACAUGUCUUUCAUUAUCCAAAGGGUGGAGCUGUUGGCUGCAAGUAUGAGGAAGAAGAGGAGGAGGAACUUAAAGAAGAAGAGGGGGAUGAAGAUGCUACUGAAGAAGACUUGGAAGAUGAGAAUAAUGAGGAGGUGCGGAGUGAAACGGAUGAGGAGAAGGAAGAGGACCCACUGAUGGAGGCUGAGAGUCUGGGUUUUAAUGAUGACGAUGUUGAGUGUGAUCCUGAGGAACAGGAAGUAGAUCUCAUUGACUUCCUCCAGACAUACCAACCCGAGGUAACCGUCAUCUCCAGUCAGUCAGAGUCUCUCAAAGCUAAGGCAUCUGGAACGCUUCGAAUGCGAAACAAGAAACAAAAGAUAAAGAAGUGACCUACCUGUCCAACUAAAUUGGUCUUUUAUUCUCUCCUGUAGAACUGUACUGUACCACUUAAACAUACAGUACCUUAUUGUGAAUCUUUCUGAUAACUCUGUUCAAUGAGACACAUAACCACUGUGAUUUUAUGAUCAUUAUAAAGGGCCGUUCACAUUAUAACGAUAACUAUAAAAAAUAUAGUUUUAAAAAGCGUUUUAGCUAGAGUUCACACCACAACUAUAACGAUAAAGAUACAAUGAACGAUAUCGUUGGAAUCACUUUCUGAGCGAUUUUUUUCCCCACCUGUUGAACGAUAAACCAUUGACACCCAAUCAAAUCUAUUUGAACUUCAAGUGCACGUGCAAUUUUAAAUGACAGUGAAGCUCAUUGCUGAGGUCUAUAACAUAAAAUUACCUCAGGUAUCCAGCACUGAUGAAGUUGCUGUGAAAUUGAUUACGUAAUGCUUUUUAUACUACUACAUUAACUACACCAAAAGGUAAGAGAUUACACAAACUAUUAGAUUCACUGUUUAGAGUUACACUUUAAAAGCAUGGUAAAUUGUAUAAAUAUUCUUAAGAAAUACGUUGAAACUUUGAAGUAGGAGAUAAAAUAUCCAGUCCAUGUUUAUCUGUCACAACACACAUACACCCCUUUCUUUCACAUUGAAAUGGACUAGUUUGUAACGGUGCGCACUGCGCGGCGCGAAAGAUAUACACAGUGACAGGAGGACUGGGAAAGUACACAAACAGAGACGAAUUAACAAAUAUAAACGCGAAAAUGUACCGACCGAGCCCCUAAGGUGACAUUGGAGUUAAAAAAAUCAAAAGUUUAAACCUUCAUGUGCAGAAUUUUUUUUUAAGUUUAGUGUCGCAUGCUCAUGUGAAACUAUCGCGCGCUCACGUGAAACUUUUGCUUUGCGAUAGUUUCACGUGCGCGUGCGAUAGUUUCACGUGAUAAGGCGAUAGCAUCACUUGAGCGCGCGAAACUAAACUUUAAAAAAAAAAUCUGCACAUGAAGGUUUUACGUGAGCACAUGAAAGUUUUGCGUGAGCACAUGAAAGUUUCACGUGAGCACAUGAAACUAAACUUUAUUUAAUUUUUUGCUCCAUGUCCCCUUAGGGGCUCUGUAAAAAUGAAACGAUCUAGCGGCUGAAAUAAAAGAAAAAGCGAUGAUGGGGCUUUGGUGAGUCAACCGCCUAGCUCUGCUAGUAAUAGCCCUCGCCCUACACUGAUAAAAAAUAUUUUGUGGUGAAGUAAAUAACGUUACUACAGAAAAAACGAAUGAAUGUUAUGUUGGGGAUGUUUUUGUCCACUAUGGGGUGCUGUUGAGUCUUAAUUCGGCCACAACUUUCUCAACUUUCUCUUUUUCAGCAAAUGGAAUGAUUUUUGGUGACAAAUUUUAUUUUGACACAUAUUCUGAGAAAAUGCUUUGAAAAUUUAAAAAAGAAAAAAAUCAACAAUACACUGUGGGCAAAUUCACAACCAUUCCGUUAUGUUUGUGAUGAAAACAUCCACUAAAUUAAACUGCUGUAAAAAUCAGAUAAAUAUUUGGUUUCAAACUUUUUUGCAUACAUCUGUUAAUCAAUCUCAGUCCUGAUCAAAAAUGUUUAAGAAAAAUGUUUUUUACUCUAACUGCCAAUUAUUUUUUUUUUCAAAAACUCACUCAAAACUGAUUUGUGGAAAAACACACACACAAUGACUUAUUUUCAAUAUAAAAAGUGAUUGUUGACUGGAUUUUUUUUUACCUUUUAUCACAGUCUUGCAUGUGAAAGAUUAGUAGCAACAUUGGCUUUGAUGCAUUGAUUGUUUUUGUGCAGCAUCAAAUUAAAAAAUGUUCUCCCUCAUUUACUCUCCGUGGCUGUUUUUGCCCCAUUGGGUUCCAUUGUAACUAUUAGUUUGUGUAGUGCUACACUUUGUGUGUUCUCUGCUUUCCAUUUUCAUUUUGGAGUAAAACUAUUAUUUCGUUCUCUUUUAAAGAUCGGAUGGGGGCCCCAGUCAUACCUUCGCCUUGGGCCCCCAGUUUGCUAAAUACGCCACUGGUUACCCGCUGUGUAAAUGCAAAACAAACAGCAUAUUUACAUAUUCAGUGACAUGUAAACAAUUGCAAAAGUUUUUAUUACAAGAAAUAUGCAAUAUUUGCGAAUAAGCAUAAAUGUAUCGUUAGGUGAUGUGGACGCUAAUAUAGUUAUUGUUAACGUUAUCGUUACAAUCUGAUCGGCCUUUAAAUGAAUAUUCCAUUUUCUUAAAAGAAAAAUCCAGAUAAUUUACUC